UCAAAAUCAAUGCAUUAGUGCAGUACUUUUUGGGGGUUGCUUUGCAGAUGCUUAAUGCACCCUUUUUAACAUAAUUAUUAUCACUAUUACUAUUGUUAAUAUUAGUGAUGAUAAAACUUGAGUAACAAUAAAAAUUUUUAAUAUUGUAAUUUUUUUAAGUUCAAAAUGUCUAACGGGGUGCAAGUUUUAAAUAAUAAUCAGUCACAAAUAAAAAAAGGAUCGCAGUCUGCGAGGCGACAUGCAAAAAACAUGGAGCAAAAGAAUAAUUCAGGAACUAAAAGACCGGGUGACCCAAUCAUCGAAGGCGCACCAAUACCCAAGAAACGUCACAAAAAUCCACAACCCAAGAACGCAGUCUGUGCAUUGAACGAAUUAAAGACCGGUGCUGUGUAUAAAGUAGUAUCACAAACAGGACCAACUCACGCUCCAAUAUUUACAAUAGCCGUGCAAAUAGACGGUCAAUUGUACGAGGGUAAAGGUCGCACAAAAAAAAUGGCUAAACACGCUGCUGCUGAAUUGGCAUUACGGAAUAUUGUUCAAUUUCGUAAUACACCUGAAAUCCACCAAGCAAUUGGCUGCCAGGCAUUGACAACAGUCGAACCGGAUUUUACAUCUGACGUUACAGAAAAGGACAAUCAUCUUGUUAAUGCAUUCAAACCAUUACUACAAGAACCUAAAAACCCAUCAAAAUUUAUUGACAAAGGUCCAGUUGCGCUUAUCAAUGAAUUGUAUCCCGGUGUUAUUUAUAAUUGUGUGUCAGACAACGGUGAAAGUUAUGCUAAAUUUACAAUUGCUGUAACAAUUGAUGGUGAAACAUUCGAAGGGACUGGACCAAGUAAAAAAUUGGCUAAAGCUGCUGCCAGUAAAGCCGCUUUAGCUAAAUUACGCAAUGUUCACAGUUCAACAUUUUGUAUACCUUUGCCUGUACGUGUGCUACCUAAUUUUUCAAACUUUUCAUCAACUCACGAGUCAAUGAGUCUGCCACAAAUGUUAGCUGAUAAGAUUGGCAAGAUGGUUAAUUCAAAGUUUACUGAAUUGAUGCAAAAUAAACCUCAGCAUGCUAGACGCAAAGUACUAGCCGGGAUCGUACAAACAAAAGGCAAUGACGCUGAAUUAAUUUGUGUUACUACAGGUACAAAAUGUAUAUCUGGAGAACAUUUAAGUGUAACAGGUGGAGCAUUGAAUGACUGUCACGCUGAAGUAGUGGCACGACGUUGUUUGUGUGAAUACUUAUAUCAACAAUUGAAACUUCAUACAGAAAAUCGUGGUGAAGAAUCUAUAUUGGAAGAAAAAAAUAAAAAAGGAUUCAAACUAAAACAGGGUAUACAAUUCCAUUUAUAUAUAAAUACAGCACCCUGUGGGGAUGCUAGAAUAUUUUCGCCACAUGAAGAAAAUGAGUCUGUUGACAAACAUCCUAAUAGACGUGCUCGCGGGCAGUUGAGAACAAAAAUAGAAUCCGGUGAAGGUACUAUUCCUGUUAAAAGUAGCGAAGGAAUUCAAACAUGGGACGGUGUACUUAUGGGACAAAGACUGCUGACGAUGUCGUGUUCGGAUAAAAUAGCUCGAUGGAACGUACUAGGUGUGCAAGGUGCAUUACUCAGCCACUUCAUCGAGCCUAUUUACUUCCACAGCAUCGUUCUCGGCAGCCUAUUAAAUCCUAGUCAUAUGUAUCGCGCGGUGUGCGGCAGAAUUGAAAAUACAAUUCAAGGAUUGCCGCCACCAUAUCGAUUAAAUAAACCACUUAUGAGUUUAAUUACGUCUUCCGAAGUUAGACAGCCGGGUAAGGCGCCUAAUUACAGUGUCAAUUGGACAACAGGACAAACUGAAGCUGAAGUAAUCAAUUGCACAACGGGAAAAGAUGAAUUGGGAAAACCAUCAAGAAUCUCAAAACAGGGUCUAUUUCGUAUGUUUUUUAAUCUAUUGGGAAAGAUAAGUACAAUUGAUGAUAUAGAUCGUGAUAUAUGCCAUCAAUACCUUGAUGCUAAAUCUACAGUUCAAGAUUAUUCGCACGCAAAACGUCAAUUAAAGGAAGCAUUCGUGCGAGCACAGUUGGGCAAUUGGGUCAAGAAACCAAUUGAGCAAGACAUGUUCGAAGUUGAUAUCUGACUAAUUAAUAAUGACAACAGUGAUAAUUUCAGCGGAAAUAAUACUAACAACAGCAACAAUAAUAACAACAACAAUACUUCUGACAACAACGGUAAUAAUCUACCGGCAUUUAACUAUACAGGUGAUGAUAUUGAUAUUAAUAAUGAAAGGCCUCAUAAAUAUUAUCAGUAUCAGUAUUUAGCUCAUAAUGCAAACUAGAUCGCACGUUCGGCGUGUCACGACACGGCAGAGUUUGGCGUUAGUAAAGCAUUAAUCGUAGGAACUCGCACUUAAUUAGUUAUUAAUUAAAAAUUAACAUUUUUCAUGUUUUCUUUUUU